GCAUCAUAAAAGGAAUGUUGAAUUUGGAAGGGCAUCAUGAGACUACUGUUUGAAUUUCUACUUUUCACUGGCGUGAUCACAACAUGCCAAGCUGCCCUGAAUAGCCGUUUCUGCUUCGAAGCGUGUCCAUACUUCACGAUUAAAAGCCCGAAUAUGAGAAUUGAUUUUGAGGCAUUGGAUGAAGAAUGCGAAGAAGAUCCUUGGGGACUAAGGGGGACAUGUAACGAUAUUCGCAUGAUGGAUGAGCAGGCUCGCCGAGAGGCGAAGAGGAAAUUCAACAACUUGACAUGGUUGCAAGCUUGCAGAAAGUACUGCCAUUAACUUCGUCGAUUGAAUAGAAACAUAAACCUGUUUGAUGAAUGUGAAUAAAUUUUGAGACAAUCA